UAUGGAAAAAAAAGUUUUACUACAAUUUUGAACAGGGACACUGAGACCAAUCUGUGGACAAUGAAGACUCUUCUAAUGACCGUUUUGAUGUUACUCACCACCAGCAGAUUAUAUGUUGUGGCUAGCUUGACGCAAAAGUCCUGCACAGUGGUUCAGGGACCCCCUGGCUUUCCAGGAGGCCCAGGAUUACCAGGACCUCACGGUCGGGACGGUGUGAGAGGCAAGAAAGGAGAAAAAGGAGAAAUUGGAGUAAAAGGUCAAAAGGGAAGUACUCAGGCCUCCUCUAACUGGAAGCAGUGUGUUUGGAAAGGUCCGGAUGGCCGAGACCAUGGCCUAUUAAAGGAUUGUCUUUUUCAAAAGGUGUACGACAGCACAGCUCUGCGUGUAUUCUACUCUGGAGCUCUUCGCAUCUUGGGUUGCACGCUUUGUUGCAAGCGUUGGUUCUUCACCUUCAGUGGCGCCGAAUGCAGUGGUCCAAUGCCAAUUGACGGAGUUAUUUACAUGCACAGAGUGAGAGGCGAACAGCCACUACGAGUCCGCCAUAUUGAAGGGUACUGUGAGAAUAUUCCCAAGGGAAGAGUGCGUGUGGGGUUCAACGUGGGGAACUGUCCACGUUUCGGUAAUGCAGACGCUUAUUCUCACUGGAACUCUGUGUCCCGGAUUGUGGUGGAAGAAGUUCCCGCUCCUCAGAAAUAACAGAUUUUGCAGAAAUCAUUAAAAAGAUCAAACAAUGAUACAGACUUUUUCAUUACAAUUAUCUUUCUUGAGAUAUCACAUUGUAAUUGGCUUUUUGGUCUAGUGCUAUUAAAAUCUGAUAAAGUA